AUGAGUAAGUUUAUUUGCAACAAGUUAGCUGGUAUUUAUUGGCCUAAGCAACCUCUGGACGACAUAUCCAUCAGAAUCAAGCUGAAAUGCAGAGAAGGUAUUUCAGCGUUGCCAAAAUUCGAAGACUACAAAGACAAAUCGAACGAAGAAAAUCUAAAUAAACUAGAUAACAAUAUAAUUGAAGAACAUGACUUUCGGUGGCAAAACAAAGUUUUCAGCAAUUGGGAAUAUCAAAAAUAUUCCGAUGUUUACAACUGCAAUUCAGAAACAGAACUAAAAUAUCAUGAUCGGUUAAAACAACCUUAUAAUUACGAAUGCAAAAAAGUGUUUUCUUACAUCCAUGAAGAUUAUUAUUUACCUUUGCCUGUCACCAGUGAAAAAAAAGUUGGAAAAGCUAUAGUUUCAAUAGGAGAUUGCUUCAAUCGUUUGAAUUUAGAAGAUAUUGGAAGUGACGGUGAUAUAUCCAGUUCAAUGAAGCAUUUGUUAAGGAGUGAAGAGAAUAUGUCCUCAUAUGAGGAGCGAUGGAUAGCUAUGCAUAUUGUUCUGGACAGUUCGGAGUAUAAUGAGGACUCCCAACUUCUGUUCAAGGAAGAACACAUACUAGUCUCGUUAUAUCAUAAUGUAACAUACAAUUAUCUUAUAGUGACCCCUAAUGUAAACGACAUAGAGUUCAAUGCAUACUGCGUUGAGAACCAGCCAGAGAUUGAGUACGGAGUGGAGAUUGAGUUUGGAGAAGAGAAUAGCGCAGAGUUAGAAGAGUUAUUAAACAACCUUCUAAAGAAGUGGGAAAAGCAACAGAAGAAGCUAUUAAGCUUUGUGAUGCCCCCUCUUGGUCGCAAAAAUUACUUUGUGACAUUCGAGAUUAUUUCAGCAAUGGAUUUCGAUAUGGACAACUUAUAUAUAGAGUUCCAUAUAAAGAUAUCAGAUGACCUGCAAUGCAAUGGCGACUUGCGCGGCCGCACUCACAUCAGCAAACAUUUGACCACUGAGAAGUACGAGUGGAAAUACGGACAUACUGUGGAAUUGGAGCUGGAAUGUGCUACGGGGAUAGAACCGGUUCCUAUAAAGAUCUAUCUAGAAGCGAUAUCGGUUGAUUGGUGGGGCCGUCACCGCACUGAAGGAUACAGUUAUCUCCCUCUCUCCUUGGAGCCGGGGGAACAUACGCGACAUCUAUCCUGCUCUCGCCCGGAAGAGUUAGACACAGUAAAAGCAAACAAUCGAAGAUUUUUUGUUGGCGGGUGUCAUUUGAUCAAAGAUUUGGACGUUUUGGCCAAUCCUCAAUUGCACAACGCCAACUUCAGAUAUACAGAGACAGGCUCUAUCUCCGUCCGUUGGAGGACUAUCUCUCAAUCUCGCUCCCCCGGCGCCGCCUGCUUCGCCCCGUCCCCCUCCACCGCGGGGUCCUCCACAGCCUUGCUGAGUGGAGCGGAAGCAGUGCUGCGACAGUACAGGAAGGCCAAGGCAACGCUGGCCGCCGCUACGAGUAGCGUGCCGGAACACAUGCAUUCAAAGGACGGGUAGACGAUAAGCAGUGGCGUGAAUCAGUAAGAGUUAUAAAAAACUUUAGGUUAGGCUUUGUGAGAAUUACAAAAAAGCCUAACCUUAAAUAUUUAUAACUCCUACUGGAGAUUUUCUUCAUUUUAUAUAAUCUGCAUACCCACUAUGUACGCCACUGACUAUAAGUAUAAGAGCGUAGCGACCUUGAACUUUUCAGCCUGUUUACGGCAUACUGCUGAGCAAAAGGCUCCUAGAAGACGCGCCUUGGAAAAAGCUCUCUGGCGCAACGGUGAAUUUAAGCAGUAGGUCUGGUGUUCGACUCGCGGCUGGAGAAUAUGGGAAUUUAUAAUUUCAGAAUUUUUUUCUGGUCUGG